GACGAUUUUUCUCUUUCUCUCUUUUUCUUCCCUCUAUUCAAAUACAUAAAAAAACUGAUAAUAUCAAACCAUGUCAUCAAUUACAGCCACAGCCACAGCUACAACAGCAACAGCAAAAACAAACUAUUCGACGGCAGCCAGCAGCGUCAUCGACUUUCUCAGCUUGGUUGAGCAGCUCAAGCGGACCAAGCGCACAGGCUGGAUCAAUAACGGCAUUCAGUCGCCCGAAUCAAUCGCCGACCACAUGUACCGCAUGGGGAUCAUGGCUAUGCUCAUCGAGGACUCAUCACUGGACCGCACACGGUGUAUCAAAAUGGCCAUCGUCCACGACCUCGCCGAGGCGCUGGUUGGAGACAUCACGCCCUUCGACGGCGUCAGCAAGGAGCGCAAGCGUGAGAUGGAGGAGCAGGGCAUGAAGCAGCUGGUCGAAACUUUGGACAGCUCGGCACAGGCGCUGGAGAUUGAAUCCCUGUGGCGCGAGUACGAGGACGACGCUACAAUGGAGUCGCACUUGGUACAUGAUCUGGACAAGUGUGAGAUGAUCCAGCAGGCCAUGGAGUACGAAAAGUCGGACGCAAAGGAGCUCGAGUCAUUCUUUGCCUCGACCAGGGGUAUCUUCCGCCACCCGCAGGUACAGGCGUGGGUGGACGAGAUCUAUCGCCGCCGUCGCAGUGCAAACUAAGGGUU